GUCCCCACUGCACCUGCCGGAAUGUGCUCGAGAACGAGAGCAUGCGGAGCCGUCCUCCCAAUGGUCUCAGCAAGGCGAACGAAUAUGAA